UGUGUGUGUGCGUGUGUGUGUGAGUAGCAGCAGCGGCAGCGAUGGAGAAGUAUGAGAAAAUCAAAGUUGUUGGUCGAGGAGCCUUCGGGAUCGUUCACUUGUGCCGCCGGCGCGGCGACGGGGCCUUCGUCAUCCUGAAGGAAAUUCCAGUGGAGCAGAUGUCGCGGGACGAGCGUCUGGCAGCUCAGAACGAGUGUCAGGUGCUGAAACUGCUCAACCACCCCAACAUCAUCGAGUACUAUGAGAACUUCCUGGAAGACAAGGCUCUCAUGAUCGCCAUGGAGUACGCACCAGGUGGGACUUUGGCCGAUUACAUACAGAAGCGCUGUAACUCUCUGCUGGACGAGGACACCAUCCUUCACUUCUUCGUCCAGAUCUUACUGGCCUUGUAUCACGUCCACAACAAGCUCAUCCUGCACAGAGACCUGAAGACGCAGAACAUUCUCCUGGACAAGCACCAGAUGAUCGUCAAGAUUGGCGACUUUGGCAUCUCCAAGAUCCUCGUCAGCAAGAGCAAAGCGUACACGGUGGUUGGGACUCCAUGCUACAUUUCCCCAGAGCUGUGUGAAGGAAAGCCGUACAACCAGAAGAGUGACAUCUGGGCUCUGGGCUGUGUGCUCUAUGAGCUUGCGAGCCUGAAGAGAGCCUUCGAGGCAGCUAAUUUACCCGCCCUCGUUCUGAAGAUCAUGAGCGGGACUUUCGCUCCAAUCUCAGACCGGUACAGCACAGAACUGCGGCAGCUCAUCCUCAACAUGCUCAACCUGGAUCCGUCCAAACGGCCCCAACUGAACGAAAUCAUGGCCCUUCCCAUUUGCAUCAGGCCUCUGCUUAACCUUUACACGGACAUAGGCAACGUCAAAAUGCGCAGGAUUGAGAAACCUCUGUCGACAAUGCAGUCGUGUCAAGGCAGAGCAGGAGGCAGAGUUCCCACUAACAGGUCCAGAGAUGCAUCAUUCGGUCUGGGCUCAGGUAAAGUGCACACACUCCCACUGUCCGCGGUGUAUACGUGGGGAAGUGGAAUCUCUGCGCCUUUACGUCUGCCGAUGCUAAACACCGAGGUGCUGCAGGUUUCUCUGGGCCGAACUCAGAGGAUGGGGGUCACCAGGUCUGGACGUCUGAUCACAUGGGAGGCUCCGUCAGUGGGAUCCGGUGAGGCCAGUCUCCCCGGUGUGGCGGACCAGAUGCAGCCUCAGUUUGUGUCUCGCUUCCUGGAGGGUCAAUCUGGGGUCACCAUUAAGUCUGUGUCCUGUGGCGACCUCUUUACCACCUGCAUGACAGACAGAGGAAUCAUCAUGACGUUUGGAAGUGGGAGCAACGGCUGUUUAGGACACGGAAACUUCAACGACGUUACACAGCCCAAGAUAGUGGAGGCCCUCCUCGGCUAUGAGCUGGUUCAGGUGUCGUGCGGCGCUUCCCACGUUCUCGCCGUGACCAAUGAAAGAGAAGUAUUUGCCUGGGGAAGAGGAGACAAUGGUCGCCUCGGGCUGGGCACGCAAGACACCCACAAUUCUCCACAGCAAGUGUGUCUGCCGGCGGAGUUCGAGGCCCAGAGGGUGGUGUGCGGCGUCGACUGCUCGAUUAUUAUCAGCACCCAACACAGGAUUGUGGCAUGUGGAAGCAACAGAUUCAACAAGCUCGGCUUGGAUGCGGUCACAACUGGAGAGGAGCCGCUUCCCUCAAACCAGGUGGAAGAAGUUCACUCUUACACUUGUGUUCAGUCAGCACCACUCAACAGUGAGAAGAUAGUUUACAUUGACAUCGGGACGGCCCACUCUGUUGCUGUCACAGACAGGGGGGAGUGUCUUACCUUUGGCAGUAACCAGCACGGUCAGAUGGGUUGCAGUUCCCGUCGUAGCAGUCGCAUUCCUUACCUGGUUCCCGGCCUGCAGGGAAUCACCAUGGCUGCCUGUGGCGACGCCUUCACUUUAGCUAUUGGACCUGAAGGGGAGGUUUACACCUGGGGAAAGGGCGCCAGAGGCCGCCUCGGCAGGAAGGAGGAGGACUCCGGGAUCCCGAGGCCCGUGCAGCUCGACGAGAGCCACCCGUUUGCGGUGACAUCGGUGGCUUGUUGUCAUGGCAACACUCUGCUGGCAGUGAAACCUCUGCUCGAGGAAACUGUCCCGAGAUGAUUCCAGACCACGCCCUCUUCCAACGCAGUGUGGAGCGCCACAGCAUGUUGGACAAAGCCAUGUUGCAACACCGUUGUCGUUUGUGAAGCCCGUCAGGGAGGGAGGAGACACAGGAAGUGGUUGGUCUGCUUUAAUGUGGCGACGCAUUUUUGUCGGCGCUCACAUGCAGGAGCGGUGCGUAAAAGUGCCCCGACCGGUCUGACGACAGCUUUUUCAGAGAGUUGCGAUUCAACGCACAGAGGAGAGGAGAAAAGAGGUCAGAGUUCAUCAGUGGUCACUGUAGUGGAUUAUUCAGGCUCUCGUAAGUGUAGCCAUUUAGUAAACUGAGUGGAUAACGACGCGGCGUUUGGGCUCAGAGUGAACAAACACACGUUUACCUCUUCCAACUGUGCUUUUGUCUCAGUUCACUCCCUCAUCCCUUCAUUAACCAACCAUUGAUCCAUUCAUCCAUCCAUUCGUCCAUCAGUUCAAUGGGGGGGUUGCACAUUCAGCCAGUCCCAGUUUGCUUUCGCACUUCAGUGUGAGUGAGUGAGUGAGUGUGUAAGUGAGAGUAUAUGUGAGUGAGUGAGUAAGUGAGAGGAUAAGUGAGUGUGUGAUUGAGUGAGUGUCUAAGUGACGCGGUUUUAUAUGAUAGAAGAUGUUUUUUUCCAAAAAAUGAGCGGUGCAACGCCUUAAAAAUACACCUGGACACAUUUGCUAACGUCCAACAGGCUUUUUAUACAUUUUAAAUACACAAAAUGAACACGUAUGUAGUAUUACUUCCAACUUAACGGACGAUGAUUUAAGUAAAACUUGUAAUAAAUCGCCUCAAUUAAGUAGAAUGAUGAACUGGGCCCUUAAUAACCUGUUAAAUUUGACAUUGAGUGACAUUGUAAUCACCUUUUUGUUUCAUAUGUGUAUUUCAGUGUUUGUGAAUAUAUACUGUAUAUGUAUAUUUAUGACGAUUGUCAUCCUUAUUUCACCCUCUUUUUUAAUAUUUGUAUAUGAUGAUGUAAUGUGAUCUGAUUUAUUAUUAUUUUAUGAUUUAAAUCAGUGUCUAAAGUCACAUGCAGUAUUCGCAUGUAUUAGUGUAUUUAUUGUAAAAUAAAUUUGAAUCCUAUUCAUGAUAAUAACUGCUUUGUAGCUUUGUGUGUGUGUUUCACCACCAGGGGGUGCCUGUCACCUCUUAACUCCACCACAGGCGUGUGUGUAUGAGGUAAUUCAUUCAUUUUCAUUUUUUUUUAAUCUGGAAAAAAACAAACCCUGCUCUUAUGGAUUAUGUAACUCAGAUAAUGUUUUAUUUAACUUUUUUUUCUAAAAGCAAACU